GGCUCUCGGUCGGUUUCCUUUCAUAAUUUUUUUUUUUUUUUUUUUUUUUUUUUUUUUUUGUACUCUUUUUAUUUUUUUUUCUUCUUUCUAUAUAUUUAUAUAUAUAUAUAUAUAUUUACACGUAUAUUUGUAUACACACGUACAUAUAUAUAUAUAUAUACAAUAAAUAUUGUUUCGAACGGAAGAAUAAAAGACUUUUUCAUCGCGUUAUACAUAUUAUAACACGCAUAUUAUUAUUAUUCGUACUGUUAUUAUUGUCCGCGUUAAAGUAUUUCGAUGGUCGCGACGAUAAAAAUGUAAUAAAAAAAAACAACAACCGACCACAAAUGUGAUCGUCCGUUUUAUCUGCUCCGUCUCUUUUGUCGUCGGCUAUCUCGUAUCGUCGCAACAUUAAUUUAUAAUAUUAUAGCGUUAUACAAAAGGACGAUUCUCUCGUUUGCUAUUGUAUUGUUAACGGCGCGUUUUUUUCUCCGUCUCUCUUAAAUAGAAAGAAAAUUUCUCAUCGCCGUCGUCGUUAGCACCCAUACACACACAUACAAUAAUAAUUUAUAAUAUUCGACGCACGCCCUAUUGAAAUCCGUUUCGUACACUGCUGUACGCGGAUUUUUUUUUUUUUUGUCUCAUCUCGCUAUACAGAAACAAUCGCGUACAUUGUUAUCGCGUCGCGGACACAAACGGUCGCGAUACCGUCGACUACUUAUUCGGCAUCGACGCGGCGGCGGUAAGUGUCAAUAACAAGAAUAAAUUUUUUUUUCUCCGAUUCACCGUGGACUACCGCGCGUCGUGAUACCGGAGUGAAAAGUGCGCGAUAACGUGAUAGUAUACGUUUUUCAAAGUGUGUAAAAAGAAAAAAUAAUAAUAAUAAUAACUAGAAAAAACGUUUUAUUUUAGUUUUUUCUCCUCCCGUUAAUUUCAAUUCGCGCGCGUUAUAAAUUUCUUCUAGAAAUCGUCUCUCCUACACAAUUAUACACGUCUCCGGAUAUAAUAAUAACAAUAAUAACAACAACGACGACGACGACAACGCGAACGUGUAAUAUAUCAUUACCGUCGUAAUUUUUAUUAUUUAUCGGUUUUUUACUGCUUAUUUAUUUAUGUUUUUUUUUUUUUUCUUUCCACUGCGAUAAUAUAAACCCGCUAUACUCGUUAUUUUACUCUCGGUGACCGCGAGUGAAAGUGAACGUGUGUGUGCCGCGGCGUCUGCAGAUAUAGAAAAUAUAAAAUAACAAUAAUAAUACAACACAACGACGACUGUGUGUGUGUGUGUGUGUGUGCGCGAGCGCGGCGCGUAUUUAGAAACAGAAAGAAAGUGGACACGCUCGUGUUGCGUGACAUUGUAAGUACGCUCCGGAAUCCAAGGUAAACCACUUGCCGCUCGGCGUUGUACUCAUACAUACAUACAUACGUACCAUACAUAAAUAAAUGUCGGCGGAGUGAUAGUUUCCGCGCGAUCGGAUUAUUUAUAUACAUAUAUACGUAUAUAUAUAUAUAUAUAUAUAUAUAUAUAUAUUUACUCGCGUGCCAAUAUCACCACUCGUCUUCACCGCGGCGGCGUCGACGGAUGUUGCGCAAUCAUCGACACGAUCAUCGUCGUUCAUCACCGUCGUCACCGUAAACAAUCGUCGUAGGCCGAUCGUAUCGCGGCCGUGCGGGUCAAUGUCGGCGAGUCGCGGCCACGCGCAACUACCCGAAGAACACCGUCACCGUCAUCACCGCUGCGACCGCGGCCUUUGGCUAUCGUUGUAAUAUUGUAUUACACGCACAAUUAUUGCAAUAUACGGUGUUUAUACGGUAUUGUGAUAUUUUCGCGACAAUAACAACGCGAAACGAUCCACAAGAACUGAUCCUCGAUCACCCGCUGCGUUGUCCGGAUCGCGUUGCCAUGAGGUCACACUCCAUUGUCAUACGUGUCAUAGCGGCCAUUUCGGUCUGCCGUUGCGGCGUCGCGUCUCCGUCCUCUUCGGCCGACGCGAUUUUCGCGUCGUCCGCGUCCGGCGGUCGGCUCGUGCAGGUCCACCGCGGCCUGCAACAACGGACCGGCCGCGAUACGGAUAGCGGUGGCGGCGGCGGCGGCCGGGACGACCAUCGUAGCGAAGACGACAACGGCGACGACCGUUACAACGGUAACGGGGUGCUGCGCCGCCGAACCGUCAACACGUACCAUCACGUCAACGAUGGUGCGUCGUCGUCGGCCGAUCCGGCCGACGGAUGGAUCAUCGGCAGCAGCCGCCGGCGAGCCGCGGCCGGCGGCGGCGGCGGCAGCUCGUCCAAACAACAUCACUAUCAAGACAAAACGGCCGCGGCCCUUCGACCCGACAAGCUGCAGUGGCCGACGGCUGUGGCCGGAUCGGACGCCGCCUCUUCGCUGUCCGAAGUGCAGAUCGUCGUGCACCCGCAGCCGCCGUCGACGCAACAGCCGCACCGCGACCAACAGCACGUUCUGCAACAACACUCCUCUCCGGACGCGUCGGCGGAAUCGUCUUCGCCGCCGUCCAACUGGUACUCGAAGCGGUUGUCGUACUCCACCAAGUCGCCGUCGGCCGUGUCCACGUCGCUUCAGCCCGUGGCCGCCGAAAGCAACGCCGUCCUUUUGGCCGAGGUGCUCGGCCAAAAGUCCGGUUUCAUCAACGCGACCGCCGGCAACGCGGGUUACUACGGACCGCCCACCAGCGGUUCCAAAGGCUUUCAAAACGAUCUCAUGGACAUGUUGGGUAAAAGUAUGUAUUUGGUUGUUGCGAACGGUACAGCGCAUUUCCGUCCGCAUUGUAUUGUUAAUCGUAUUCGAAAUUCGUUUUCAAACCCGGCAAACCAUCGUCGUGCAAUUCUUACACGCGAGCCAACCGAGAGUAAAAAACGUGUAGACGAACAUAUUUUUGUUGUUCGUUUUCGUGUCCAAAAACAAUUUUUCGAUUUUUUUUUUUUUUUUUGUAAUGUACCGUUUUGUUUUCUUUUAGAAGUUUUAGCAAGUUAAUCGAGCCAACUGAUUCGGUUUAUUUUUUUUUUCAUACGUAUCGAAAGUCGUUUGUCGUUUUGCACAACGUUCGGUUUUUGGCAAUAGCUUAACGCUGACACGGGCAAUUAAGUUCCUAACCUAACCUAACCGGACGAAUUCGAGAGUAUCUAUAACAUAUUAAUAACAGGGGAGAUGAAAACACGAGGACAAAUUUCGUUUCCGUGUACCGAGUGAUGCAUUUAUGUGGGUACAUUCAUUAUCUCGGAAAGUAUUGAAUUUUUUCGGAAUUUGUUUUCUAGAACAUUUCAUAGAAACACGUAGCUCUAAAAUUUCAUUUUCAUUUUAUUUUUUGUCACCGUUAUUUUUGUGAGUAAAGCCUCUACUUACUUUUUGAUUUUCAAACGGCAACCUAUAUUAAAAUGUCCGUAAAUAGUUGGAGUAUUAGUUAAACAAAUUUUAAUGUUGACAUUUUUGAUUCUCGUCGACCCGUUGACGGGAUAUUUCCAUUAUUUAAGUUUGGGUCGGAGGAUAGCAGUGGAGUAUCAUUUGUGUGGCGCACGGCGUGUUAAUAGUGUGCCACUACUUUCCCCGGGCCAAAACUUAAAAGUAGAAUAUUUCGUCGACGGGUUUUAAAAAAAUAUCAAAAUCGGGAAAAUAACGGUGACAAAAAAAGAACGUAAAUGUAAAAUUUUAGAGCAGCUUGUUUCCAGAAAACAAAUUCCGGAAAAACGUAAUGCUUUCCGGGAUAAUGAGUGUACCCACUCGAACGGAUCACUCGGUAUUCGGCCCGACGAAAACGUUUCUACGCGGCGCUUUUCAGGCCUUUGGUUUUUGAUUUUUUUCCGUGACGUCCGUAACGCGAACGGCCCGCCGUAAUUCCUCCUGUACCCGCGCACCGCCGAACGUAAUGAUCGUUACGAACACACCCGGCCGUGUACAGCGAAUUAAUGUCCGUUUGGUUUUGGUAAUUUUUUUUUAUUUUUUUUUUUUUUUUUCGCGCUCCGCCGAAAUAAUAAUAAUAAUAAUAAUAAUCUUCUCAACACGCAACGCGCGUUUGUAUAACAUCCGCCCAGCCGGGAACCCACGCGGAACUCGGGUCCGGGUGUGUUGACAUUUCCGAUUGAUUAAAAAGGAAGACGAGAGAAGAAUCGCUCGAAGGAAACCGAUAUCCCGCCGCAACGGCCGGAGGAGAUGGGGGUGGGGGGGAGGGGGAAUGGAUGACGAAAAGAAAAAAAAACAACAAAAAAACCAACCACAACCGAACGUAAUUAACCACGCUUCUAAAACGACGAUUUUUUUUUUUUUAUCGUUUGUCAUUAUUAAUGUUCCUUAAAUUCCGUGAAGAAAUCACUGUCGUUUUUUUUUUUUCUUGGUCUAAUAGAUACACACCGAGUAAAUCUCGAUAACUGGAUGAUGAUUUUUUUUUUUUCUUUACUUUUUUAAUUCGACGAUACGGACACGACAAACGUCAUCGUUAUAAUAUUAUUAUAUUAUAUAUUAUUAUUUCAUUUUCGAGAUUCGGUCGUCUCGAUUCGACGGUUCGACGGAUAUUAUAACGAAACGUGUAGAAUCGCUAUUGAUUCCCGAGAAAAAACAAAAACGAAACGCGAAAAAUAAAAAAAAAAAAUACGUUUCGUCGGCUAUUCGAUCCGCGGCGUUCGUAAUAUCGCCGAAGAUUAUUGGUAUAAGAUUAUAUGGUCGGGGCGUGCAGGGCACGUGGAACACGUUUGCUUGAAAUUUCAAUGCAUAAUUUUACAUUACUACAGCUCGAUCGCGGGCCAAAUUGUUCGUUUGAAAAUACACCCAUGACGUUUCGUAGCCGAAAGUGUUUCCGAACGCUUACACUGCUCGCGUGCGCACGCCACGCCGCUGAUUAAACGAGUUCAACUCGCACGGCGGGUGCGAAAAUUGAACGCGCUACGUGUACGACGGCCGCACCGCUGUUUUCGACACGAUUGCGCACUCGCACCCCUUAAAAAGGUAUACUACGUCCUGGUCGCACAGACCUCGGAGAAAUCUACAACGCAGCGUUGGUUUGUGGUGUUUUUUUUUUAAUUUUCAGUUACAACACGCGAGUCGGGACUACGAUAAUGCGAUACGUGCUGCUCGCCCCUCCGCGUAUCGUACACGUAGCCGCGUGUGCGACAUAAUUAUACAUUGUGUUCUCUUGCGCUCAACCGGUAAUUAUCUGAUAAUGAUCGCGCGCCGUCUGAACGCGCGUAUACCCACGUACGUGGGCACCGCGGAUAGGUUUUCCGUUUAGAAUAAAAUGCGCUCGCGACUCCAUUGUACUUGGCCGUACAUCCUUGAUGACUUUCACCGAGGUUAAGCGGAGCGAUUUCAGGUCGGUGCCUACGCGUUCUUUGUCGAAAACUAUUAUUAUUAUUAAUUUUUUUUAAUUUUUUCACUUUUCUUUCCGCGCACGUUAUAUCUUACGCGGGCGGCGCGUUCGGGAUUCCGCCGACGAAAAGGAGACGCCCGUAUUUAGAAAUUGCAAUUACACGUGCUCGCGCUAAACAGAAAUUAUCGAUUUUCAAUUCACACAUACUUUCGUAAGCCAUUGUUCCAAUUGCCGCCGUUCAAUCCGUCCGUUCGGGAUUUACCGCCGACGCCGACGUGUUCAGCGCGCGGGGUAACACAUUCGAUUUUCCCCGACUGUGGAAAUUCGAACGGUUUUCCGCGAGGUUAUAAAAUGUCGUCGUGGAAAUAACAAUGUUAACAUUGAUGCCGGAAAAAAUAGACGAUGGUCGUCGUAGUGUCCAGUAUCUCCCUGAUUCCGAAGUCCCCCGUUGUGUUACGUGGACAUUUUCUAACGCCACACGAAAUUAGACUCGUUCGAGAGGAGGCGGUAUAGGAGACUUUUUCAAGCGCGACAAGUCGUGCGAUUAUUGUAAUGCGCUGUAUUGUCUUUGGCUCGGUACAAGAAGGGCCAAUGUCACGUUUCGCGAUUGCCGGGAAACGGGCUUUGAAAUUUUAACCCCCCCCCCCACCAUAACGCUCGGCGCAUUUUGUUCGUUAAAAUGUGUAAUUUUCGAGAUUUUUUCUUUUUUUUUUUUUUAUUUUACUUCUAAAUGGUUUUUUCGAAAAAUCGCCCUUCCCGCGCCAAGUCACGGAUGUACAUUUCAUGGCUCGGCCGGAGAGUUUUCGUACGUUCCGUCGCCGUCGUCGUUAAAAACGACCGUGAAUUGUCGUCCGCCGCGUGAUAUUUAAGCUCGAAAACGCGAAAUCGAAACCCCGCAGUGAGAGAGAGAGAGCGGGGAAAAAAAUCGCGAAAAACGAUAUUAUUCGGAUUGUCGAACGCGACGUACGCGCGUCUUGAUAUCGUAUAUCCGGGUGUGUGUACGACCGUACGUACCUGCGUACCUGUCGCCGGUACGCCGUGAAUUUUUCGUUUUUUUUUUUUUUCUACAGUUUUUAUAGCGCGGGAAUUACGGGUAUGGUUUACAACGAGUGAUUUUUUUAUUAUUAUUUUUUCGACCGACGCGCGCGCAGGUUUCUACACGGCGAAAUAAUAUUAAUAAUUUAUUUCGUGAUUAUUAUUAUUAUUAGUAGUAGUAUUAUUAUAUACCCACGUACGCGAUAGUCGUCGGGUAUUUGCGUAUAAACGAAAGCAACGCUGACGACGCGGUUUCACUUUCUUCGGCCGCCGCCCGUAUUUUUCCUUUCUUGAUUUUUUAGCCAUUCGCGCGGAUACCUUGCGCCGCCGCGACUAUCGACGGCCACGGCCGGCGACUCGGUUAAACGCUACGGGCCGGAUGAAACUUGAUAAUAAAUAAAACAAAUAUCGUAUGUUUAUACGGCGAACAACAUUAUUGUUAUCGGUUUUUUUUUUCUGCGCACAAAACGUUUCGGACCUGUUUGCGAAUACCCCGUGCGAGCGGACCGAUCUAUUGCACUAAGACGCUAUCAUCGUCUCGGGGUCCGUUAACGUUUUCCGUGAAUUCGUUUGCUAAACAACUCCAGAAACGAGUCACUCUGCGGUUAUGCGUUCACGUUGUUUUUUUUCCAGUCCAAUUUUCGGGGGGGGGNGGGGGGGGGGGGGGGUGAAAGUACUAUCCGCUUUUGAUUUUUAAACGGCAGCCCGCAUUAGAAAACGUCCGCAAACAGACGGACAGUGGUAGUUAAAAUCAACGUUGGUGUUUGAAUUUUGUUGGUUUCCGUCGAUCCGGUGACGGGAUAUUGUUAGGAAUGCGCCAUAAUGCUCUCCCCCAACCCGAAUUAAAAUGUCUACAAACAGAUAGAAAAAAAUGACUAAAAUGUUCUGAAAAUUUUACCGCUUCUAGAAAAGACAAAUAUAAUUGUUCCGUCCGAAUUUCAAGACACUGCGAAUGUUCCCUCAAGCCGAAUCGCAAUAAAAUAACUUAAUAUAAUACGGUCGAAUCAGACGGCUCUAGCGUGUCAAUCACUGUAAUUAACCAAUAAUUAAUUGUAUUCAAUUUAUUACCUAUAAUAAUGUACCAUACGUGUACCUAUUAUUAUUAGUACUGCUAGUUAACCCGGCAAUACUUUGCUGUUGCUACGUUAUGGUGCGUAAUAGUAAAUAAUAACAGUCGUUUUCUUGUCAGUGACGACCGAAACAUUGUCACCGGUGUUGCUGACUAGGUGACCAACCGGUAAACAAAAACAAAUAACUAAGCAAUCGUAGAUGUCCGUACCGAAAACACCUAAAAAUCCCUAUUUUAAUCCCUUCGCUUGGAGGUGGAAUUUUCAAAAAAAAAAAAUCGUUUAUUAGCGGAUGUAGUAGCUGUGUGAAUGUGAAAUUUCGGCCCGAUACGUCCUGCAGUUUUGGCUUGGCGACGAUGAAUCGGUCGUUCGGGGGGACACAUUAUUUUGUAUCGCAAUUCGAACAGAGUUCCGAAAAUCGAACGCCGCAGUCGUCGUAUACGUAACACGCGGCGAGUCGACAACAUAAAUUUAUUGUAAUUGGUUUUUUUUUCUCGUUGUUGUUUUUCCUCGUCGUUAUGUCACCGUCAAUAAAGCAGAUAUUUUCCUCUCCGAUGGGUUUUUUUCCGAUUAAAUAUUUUGUCGGGUUUUUUUUUCCGUUUUGUUUUUUUUUUUUUUACGCGAUGUAAAAAUAUGACGUAUGCGACUCGUCUGUGUGCAGUGUAUAUUUAUAUAUAGAACACAAUAAUAUAUUAUCGUUGUAUAAUAUUGCGUAUAUUGGAAAUUAUAACGACGCAUUCAAAAAUGUUUAAAAUGUUCCGUCGUCAUCCGCAGAAUCCCGAAAACUGUCAUUAUUUAAUAAAAUAUCAAAAAUCAAACACACGCGCGCGCACACAUCAACAACAAAAAAAAAAAAAAAAAACCAUCCUUUCAAAAUCCUUCUCGUGCCGCCUCCCCCGGGGGCGUUUGAUCGACUGUGGUGGUCCGUAUACAGGCGGAAAUAGCCUCAGGAAAAUUGAGCCCCCGGAAUUCGUAUUUAUCACGGUGUAUUUGUAAUAAUAAGUACUUGAUUUCAAGAAGAUCGGCCAUGUCAGUGGCGGAUAUGGGAUUUUAUUAUUUUUCGCGGAGGGGGAGGGGGGCAAAAUGUUUCGCAUUAAUUUUGAACAAUGAAUACUAAAUAUAAAAUACGUAUAUGAUUGCUUUCAAUUAACGAUAUUAUCGACUAUCGUAAUAAUAUAAUUGGUCUAACCGCAAUUUGAACGACGAUCUAUAAUCAUAUUGUUAACUCGUAUUAUUAUGACUACAAAUAUAACUGUCAAGAGGGUUGCGGACUCUCUCAGUCCCUCCCCCCCCUCGAAUCGGCCGCUGGGCCUUAGCCCCCUUCGGCCCUUCCCGUCGCGAUUAGGAGAAACGUACCACGUAUAUUUAAAACGUUUUCAUUCGUUACGUUAUGUAUUUUAAUACAUUCCAUAUAUACCUAUACGGACACUUAAUAAUACGUUGUGUUUUUUUUUUUUCUAAUUUUUUUUAGUGAUUCCUCAAACGUGUUGGUACAACGGUAACAAGUUCGACUGCGGAUUGAGCAUAUCGUGCGUGUUGGAAGGCGGCAAACCGGUGGAUUUGUGCAGCGGCGGAAUGAUAUGGUCGUGCUGCGUGUCCAGAGACAAAAUCCAAACGUCCGGAUCCUCGUCGUCGUCGUCGUCGUCGUCCGUGACGGCGGCCUCUAACUCGGUCGGAACAAUAGAAAAUGCCAGUGAGUUUUUUUUUCCCUCAUAAUAUUUAUUAAGAACCUCUUGUGACACCUGUCUGUGUAUAACAUAUUGCAUCCAGUGGCGCGCGCCGAGAAGCAGAAAUCCGGUGGCCGUUUGCCAAAAACACAACGUCCAGGCGUUGUACGAGUGGACACUGUAUUCGUAGUCUAAGCGCCUGACUGCAUAGGGGGGAACGGAGAAUUCGAUUCGAACAAAACUCGGCUUCUUAGCACGGGGAAUAUGACUGUAAACCGAGGGUUACCGCGACCGCGCGCGGGAGAGGCGUGCACCUUUUUCGUUAAAAAGAACCCUGCGGCCAACGCGUACACAAAUAAUAAACGCGCGACACGUUCCGGUCUCAUAACGGGCGAGAGGGGGGGGGGAACAGUUUAAAAAGUGGGCGCUCGGGCCGGACCCGGAACACCGUCACCGUUAGGCAGGUGUCCCCCGUGAUUCCGGACCUUACCGCCGUAAAUAGGUAACGCGUACACGAAUGGGACACGCCGUGCGUCGUCCAAGUGCGAUCGAAGAGCGUACCGGUUACAUUCGGUUUAGGCGUGGUACACCAACCAUAGGUGACAGCGGUCGUAUUAUUCGGAGGCAAAUCAAUAGGUGGUAAUCGUCCUAUUGCCCGUCGAUUACAAUAGUGUGAAGAAAAAAAAAAAAAAUCCGCAUAAAUCAGAUUGAUUAGAAACGAGGGCGAAAACGUCGUCGACCACAAACCGGUGUCCGUAACCGCGCACAACCGUGUACGGUAACCAGGCCGACUAUUCCGUUCGCAGUAUACCCGCGUGCAAUAUGGCCGGUGCAGGGAUGUCCGGUCCGCGCGUACAGUGUCGUAGCAUUUAUCGACCUGGGCGCGCGGCGCGUAUUCGGACGGGUCCGGGCGCCGCGACCUGGCCAAACCUGACCGCCGCCUUACGCAACGGCGACACCGCGGGCGUCGCGACGAAACGCAAUAGGAACACGGGGAAAACUAAAAAAGUCUACAUGCCCGCGCCCGCGCGCGUGCAGUGAUAUUAUUGUUAUUAUUACGUUGCGUCGUGCCGGCCGUCGGACACGGCACGGUUCGUCGUAAUAACCGCUCGGUAUUUUUUUAUCGUUUCUCUCGGACGGAAAACCGAUACCAUGAUGGGCGGGCGGGCACGGUGCGCCCGGCAGGUAUUAGAGCAAAACUUUUUACGGUCGUACUGCCGUCACGGUUCUCGUUUUUUUUUUUUUUCUCGUUUUUCGUUUUUCUCUCUCCUCCCGUUCUCUCCGUUUAUCAAAACGCCGCACGCCACUGCGGCCCGCGUUAAUGACAAUGACGGUGACGUGUCGUAUUGCAAUAUACGCGCGCGCGCAAAUUUUUAUUACAUACCGGGAACAAUGUAACGCCGAGACGACCGGCGCGGCCGUAUUGUUUUUGUUCCGAUGACACACAUGCUUAUAACACGCGCAAACACACACAUUAUAACAGUUACUGUACUGCCGUCACGGUUCUCGUUUUUUUUUUUUUUUUUAAACAUCCGUCCGUAACGAUGACUGCGCGCCGCGUAUAAUGUGUAAGUCUUAGAAAAAAAAAAAAAACCGAUAGCUUCACAUACGAGUUUUGACAACUCUACACGGGCGUUUCGCUCGUAUUGCGUAUUGUGUGCGCCGCCGCCGUGUUUGUAACGCGAGUACGUUUUUUUAACGUUUGAUUUUUGGAACAAACACGUCGCGGACACGAGUCGUCCGACGUAAUCGUCGCGUAAUAAUAUUUAAGUUCCGACACGUCACAAACGCCGUGCAAUAUUAAUAGUCUACUAGUUAUUUGUAUUCGUGUUAUAAGGUUUUGUACAUUAAUAUUUAUACGUUGACGCGCGUGUCGGUACCGUCCGGUAAUAACAAAUUAACCAUAUUGUUGUCGUUAACGAUUUACAGGUAAACACUGUACUUAUCGGCGGCUUAGCCCCGUGAAUCGUCGCAUUUAGUGUUUAGAGACGGGGACUCGAGACUCCGAUUCCCACUCACCCCUCACCCCGAGGCACCCGGGUGUAGGUCGUCAUCGUGGUUCAGUUCCGUGCGGCCGACUCACGUUUUAUUUCGUUAACACUUGUACCUGUGACGCACACGUUGCUCGAAGUACACCCACUCGCGACUCCGUCCCGCUACCGUGGCUCAUGUUAAAACGACUCGUUUUCGCUGUCGUUUUUGCAAGGGAUCACACUGGUCCCCUUAGAUUAUUGUCACUGUACUACACUCAAAUUAGGAAAAUAUUAAAUAAAAAAUUCUUUUGAACACAUGUCCAGUAGUCGAUCAUCAGCUAUUGUUCUUGUCCGUAGUUUUCGUAUUUUCGAUAAUACUAAAUUUACAUAUUUACUUACGCUCGUGCCGCUCAUCGCGGCGCGGGAAUUCCUUUAGUAGGUAAUAAUUUCAUCGCGACAAUAAUAUUUCAAUUCGAAAUAGUGGUACAACCGAUGUCGGCGGAACGGGAAGAUUUUUAAUACCUCAUAAAACCGAUUUAUUUGGCGGCAAAACGGGAUGUCAACAAUACGGGAAGUCGGCGACGUGGGAAGACGCGAUUAUUGUUAGCGAUCUGCAGCGGUCGUAUCAAUAUCGGUGCGACCCAAAACGGCUCCCGUCCACAGCUGUUUGCUUUUUCCCAAACGGCUCCCGUCGAAAAAGGUUGUGCGGAGCUAGUAGGUGAUUUCCCAAAUGGCUCCGGUAUUCGGCACAACGCGUGCAUUUCUCGUAACACGACAAGUACUGCGGAUACGACGCGGAAAACAUUCGUGUCAUAUCGGAUUUCACGUAUCGAACAGUAUAUUAUGCCUUUAUGGAUUGUUGUUGAACGAAUUUUAUCUGGUUUAUCGAAUUCGGUCAAUUGUGUUUAUAAAAUUUAACCGGAUAUGCGAUAUGGAUUUACGGCACAAUUUGUGUAUUUGUGAAUUUGUGUUGUAAAAACCGUAGCCGCUUGGUAAUUUUCCAUUUUGUAAAACGGGAGCCGAACGGACUACGUCCAUCAAUGUUAUCCCGAAAACGCGAAUAUUAUGACAAUGAAAAUCGAAUUGCCGAGUUUUUUUUUCGUAACUGGCCAUUGGUUUUCAUAAAAAAAAAACGAUCGUCGUCGUAAAUCCGGCAGAAAGUGUACGUGACGGGACGCGUCCGCGUCAUCAGCGGACAUUUUACACGAGAAAUUCGAAUUUCUUUAUUAUACGCGGCGAAAUACCGUGUACGUUUUACAAUAUUCGUUCCGGAUACGUAUCUACAGUGGCAGUAUUUCGCUCCGAUUUUUCAAAGUCUUGUACACAAAAAAUCAAACAAAAACCCUCGGACAUUUUUCGUCUGCGUACAUUUGUACGUAAUAUUAUUAAUAUUUAGCCCCGUGACUGGGAGAUUUACAACUCUGUCGUACCCCGUCCGAUUGUCGUUCCGAUUUCGCCCAUCCGGGUCGUCUUUUUUUGGUUCGCGUGUUAUCACCGCACCACGCGGUACCGAAACCGCUUAUUUUUAUCCGAAGACGAUCUCUGUUUGUUUUUUUCGAACGUCCGUCGGACGCCUUGAACAUAUUACUUUUUUGUUUUUUUUUGGAAAUCAUAAAAACCGUUCUGUGACUCAAAUACUCGCCGGGCAAUAUAACGCCAAACACGUCUGUAAUAUUAAACAGUCUGCCGUAAUUAUAAACGUUUUCACUUUUGCUUAUAAUACUCGAGUCCCGCAAAUAACAACAGCGCCCGAAACGAAACAUCGCAUGCCGUAAAUUCCUCGGUGCUUUCACUUUUUAUUUUCGGGUUCGUUCGGCCGACUUCUCCGCGCGCCAUAAACCGCCGAGCAUUUCGGCACGAUCGCAAAAACGAACCGGUUUUUAAUAAUUAUAAUUUUUGUUCACGCCGGGAUUCUCGUUUUGUUUUCGAUUCUCUUCCGAUAAUAACAUCUGAGCUCUGGCAGGCGUUGGUUUCGACGUUCGAUUUCGGUUUGAAUUUUGACGUAAUCGAUUCGUAGAACGCCAGCGGCCAUUUUCACGCUUGCUACGGAAAAAUCAUCAAUCGAUCAAUCGGUUUUCGUUAUAGACGCGUCGCAGGGUCCCGCAGACCCGAGGAAAUGUGCGGUUUUUUUGUUUUUUUUUUUUAAUUAUUUACAACGUAAUCCUCGACAAUAACACGGCCAUUAUUUUGGAAAGGGUUUACUUUUCGUGGAUUUUUUUUUUUAUGAACUAAACGGAUAACUCAAAAAUAUUACAUUUCAGUUAUUUCCAUCAUAUUUAUUUUCGGGGGGGGGGAGUUUAAACCACUACUCGGUUUUGAUCUUAGAUUCUUUUUCAAGCGUAACACUUUUUAUCUGAAAGAAAAUCUUACUGGGAUUGUACUUUCAGGAGAUCAUUUUUUGAUUUUCCCAGGAAUUUUCAUAAUAAAUAGGAAAAAACGGAGAAAAUUUACGAAAUGUAUUAUUUGCAAAUCGUAAAUAUUACCGGCCUUUCAAAAUAACGUGUAACCAAAUUCCACUCGGAAUCUUUUUCCGUUAGCAAUGAAUAAUCGUGGAGUACAUAAAAUUGUCCCUUUACCUUCCUAACUUCUCGCCUACAACAGUGGCCCACCCAUCGUGCGAAUUAUAUCCGUUUGUUUUUUUUAAAUGGGUCAAUUAACGUUAAUAAUUCCAUAAAUUGACGACGUUUAUUCAAUUAAAAUACAUUUUGCCGUUGAUAUUUUAUCAAACUAAAAACACGUGUUUGUGCACCACGCCAAAUUCGGAAAUUCUAAAAAUAUACCCACUGGACAAAGACCGUUUACAUUAAUCGCUAUGUAUGAACUAACGAUUACCGACGAUAAUUUUGAAAACAAAUUUUCCGAAUAUUCGGCUUUUUUUCUUAUUCUGAUGGGAAGCGAUGUUGUAUCAUUUGACUUAUUAAAAACGAGACAUGAGCUUGUCCGGCUUACAGGCAUUCUCGUAUUAAAAAAUACUUCGUUACUUCCAUUCGCAUCUUUUAUUAAUAUUAUCGAACGUUCAACACUCUCGGAUUCGGAUGCGUCGCACGGAUUUCGACGCAAGGUGCAUUUUUCGGGGGUGAGAGAAUUCUCUAAUGGCAAUGCUUCCCGGGUAUACAGUUCGUUUCCCCUUAACGUAUACUUUAAAAAGUGAAACUUUGAUUUCACCCACUUUUUUUUGUCGAUUUUAUAUGUGCAUAUAUUUUAUAUACGAAUUGAUAGUUUAAAUUUAGACAAGUUAAAAUAAUGUAUCUAGAAUUUUCGAUUUUCGUGAAAUUUACUUUAUCAUCAUAGACUUCGUCAUCAAUGCUGCGGAUCGCCAAUCCGGCUCGAACAAAUAAACGACUACAAAAGUGAAGUUUUUUCCUGUUUCGCAUUUUUCAUAUUUUGUUAAAUUUCUAAAGCAUUUACGGAUCGUUCUCUAAAAGUAUCAGGUGCGGAUCCAGAAAUCACAAAUGACGAGAGGGGCUUACCAUGACGAGCUAUUAAAAACCUAUCGGAUAAUUUUUAAACAAUGACGUAGAUAAUGAUUACGGCCCUCCCCCCUCCCCCCUUGGAUCCGCGCCUGAAAGGUAAUAUAUUUCUCUAAAUGGCGUUUUCGACUCUUUGCCAACGGUUUUUGAAGCAUUUUAAUCCGGACUCUACGACCGUCAUCGUCGAUGCCCUCUCCGAAAUAAUACGUAGUAUAUAUAGUAGUUAAGAAUUAUGUUUUUGAAAAACCGUGCACCUUCCUAUUAUUAUUAUUAUUAUUAUUAUUAUCAUCAUUGUUAUCAUUGCUAUUGCUGUGUUACAUUGUUACUAUGUAAUACCGUUUCGUGUAUACCCUAUAAAGCCAUACAGUUCCUGAUGCAAUACCCUCAGUUUCAACACCACUACACUAUGUUUCUGCAACAACAACAACAACAACAACAACAACAACAACAACAAGAACUACUACAACAGCAACACCAGCAUCAGUACCAUCAGCAGCAACAGCAACAGCAUCAGCACAACCAUCACGCCUAUCAGCCCACCACGGCCGUGAGCUACGCGGACAACUACAUCGUCAACGACAUCGCGAACCCGUCGCCGUCGCCGUCGUUCGUCACCGCCGACCAGACCGCGAAACCGUCGUACUAUUUCCAACAGGAACACCAGCACUACCAUCCGUAUUACUAUCAGUCGCACCAGACCGUCGCCCCGGCCACGGCCGCCGGGCCCCACAGCCCCACGCAACACUGGCACGUCAACGGCGGCACGUCGGUCAGCAGCACGUCGACGAGCACGGCUUUACCGCCGACGCCGCAAAUGACGUUUCACAACAACCACGGCGGGAACAUGUUUUACUCCGUGCACAAACCGUCCGUGCCGGAGCCGUAUCCUCAGAUUACGCAAAUCGGCGGCGGCGGUGGCGCCGCAGUCGCGGACGACCAACAGCAGCAGAGUCAAUUGUUACACCACAUGUCGUCCGGAUACCGUGGUAAAAUACCACAACAUUGUCCACCAUUGUUUAUAUAUGCACCUCUGUUAUAGUGUCGCUGCAUCACUCCACGGCCACGCUCGUAUAUUAUUUAACAUUAUAUAGCACGAUCGUAAUAUGACAAAAAAAAAAAACAUAUGUAAUAUAUCUUACAGUCGACCGCACGAAUCUUCGGAGAACGCUGUUCGUUAUUGUGUAGCAACUGUCAUGUUAUGUUCACCACAUCACAAACACUAGAAACCUUAUCCAGUCACCACUCGUUUGCUCGUCACGUUGUGAUAUCCGCACGUUAAGUUCUUCUAUACCUGGUAUACGUUAAUAUAGGUACCUAAACAUAGAGACGUGUUUCGCAUUUAUUCUAGGGGUGGGGAAAAAACAACAAUGUACGACUUGGGGGGGGUGGGAGGCAGUGCCGGUUUUACGCAUUUUCACCGAUCGAAAAACGACUUUUGCGGGAAUAGUGAUAACCCUCGCGAUAUUUUCCUGACGGCAUUUCGUUUUUAAUCGAUCAAACAAUAACGACAUUCUACGCGGCUCGCGGUUAAACUUCGAUUUUCCAUUUCGUUUUCAAAUUAAUAACGGUGUAAAGAAAGGCGCAUUGUCGAAUUUGCGAUGAAAACAUCGAAAAACGGAGUGCAACGCGCGAGCCGGAGGACGUCAUAGUAUUUCCAACGAAAAACCAAUCGAAAUCGGACUCGCACUCUGCAAUGAUGAGGUGCGAAAGUUUUCUCCGUAAAACACGUUUUCGAGUCGAAAAACGUCCUCGGCCCUUGACAAACGAUACACUAACUCGGUAUCGCGAGAUUAUGCGGGUUUCGUGCCGAAAUUAUAAUUUUGAGAUUUCGUAAGUCUGCGCUUAUACUGCGAACAAUCCCCCAAUCCUAUAGCCGCAUAGGCGUGACUAGGCCACCAAAUUUGGGGGUGCUAAUAUUAUGGACAAAUCAAAGACCCAUGGGAGCUCCUCCCAUGCUCCCACAGUCCCCUUUACAACAGUCAACUACACCUUUCAUUUACAAUUUUAUGUAUCGUACAAAAUUUAUCAUAACUAUUUUAACAUUCAUUUUGAUAUACGCGUCUGUACAGGAAAUCUGCGUAUUUCGUUCUGUUCAUUAAUUAUGAAAUACCUCGCGGAUAAAAUAUUUAAUUGUUACUAUGUGAAAAAGCUGAGUGGUUUUUUUUUUUUUAGGGGGGGGGGAAAGGGGAGCACUAGUUUUAUGUGGUUUACUCGCUAGAAAAAUUGGUGUUUUACGUCUCUAUGUGUGUAUAUUAUACUAUAUUGUGUUAUAAUAUAUAGGUACCUACCUGUACGUGGGAACAUUAUAAUUUUUUCAAACAAAUGCACCAAACAAUGCACUUAUCAUGUUAUACGACACCGUGUUCUUUUGACUAUAAAAAUAUAACGUAUGUGUAUAAACCGACUCGUUACAUACAUUACAACAAUCAGUAUAUUAUAUAGCAUGCCUUGUACUCGAAUCAUUAGAUACACGACGACGUGUAAUAACGACGAUUAAUAUUUAUAUGCGCAUGAAACGAUUUACAGGAUAAAUCGAAAGCAUUGGCGCCUUGUAACGACCCGUUUACCGUUUGAUGGGUUUUAAAUGUUCAAACAUUGAAAUAGAUUAUAUUAUUUUCUUUCUCCGGCAUUUGGCCGCCGAAACAUUAUCACGCGGUCAGUCUCCGUACCGUUAUUGUCGUGAAAAUUCCACUACAGGAUAUAUCCAACGCACUUAAAUCUUCUUCCGCGCCGUCCGUCCGUUUUUAUCCUAGCCUGUCACUUGAGUUCUCCCUUCGGAACACCCAUUUGAAAGGCCUGACCGCCGCACAGUGUUCCGAAACAGAAAUUUGCCGGUCAUAACAUACAUUUUUUUAAAUUUUUUUUUGCUAACCUGAAAGUGAAAUCGUAACUAUAAGCAGACUUAUAAAGGGGGUUUUAAAGUAGCUUAUUACGUAUUACACUGUUUAUUACCGUUUGUACCUAAAUAUUGUAAACUUUGGUAGAGUGUUUAAAAAGAAAAUAUUUGUACAUCGUUAAAUCAACACCAUUCUAUAAGCGAUUAUGAGCUCUUUAAAAGUAAUACAUACUUGCACGAUUGUAAACAUUAUAUUUAUCUUAGUAAUGGUACGUGUAAAAAAAAAAAACAAAAAAAAAACAAAAAACAAAUUGUUUAUUUCAUUUUUUUAAUGUUUGCGCCACGACCAAAGUUAUAUUUAUACAUAGCAGGAACUAUAUAGUGCACAUCCCCGUUUAAUAUUCAGUUGCUCCAAAUCGCUCUUAAAUAAACAAAAUCGAUUUACAUGUUACGUUGUUUUAUAUUACCUACUUAUUUAUUUAUUUAUACUAUCGAUAAUAGGGAUAAAGUUACUUAGUACUACUCGACUUAACAAUAACAAUCUACACUGUUCAGUAGGACUGUUAGCAAGGCCGAGUUUGUUGCGAUUUAAUUUCUAUACGUUAUUUGAUACAGCAUAAUAUAUAAAUCGAAACAUUUUUGCGGGAGGGAGUGGGCGAGUUUAAUCCCCAAAACCUUUAUUGACAGAACAGUGUUAUUUACUGUCUUAAGUACCCACUAGAAUUUUAUCAUACUAUAUGUUAUAAAUGUAAUGUAACGUUUUAAUAAAUUAUGGCUGGCAAAUUUCUGAUUUGGAACACUGUGCGCCGAAUCCUUCGGCUUAUUUUAAAUAUAGUUUAUAGUUAUAGUAUGAAACAUCCAUCGGUCCCGACUUCCGGAAGAUCCACGUCACAUCUCUUUCACCGGCUAAAUUCCCGUGUUAGAAUGUUUAAAGAUUAUAAAAUACUGAAAACGACGAAUCUACGUUUAUAAUUUUAAUUUUGAAUACAUAGCAAACUGACAUAAUAUUAUUUAAUUUGAUGUUUUACCAUAAGUAUAAGAUAGCAAAAAUUGUACGGUUCCUAUUACAAGAGGACGUCACAUCACGCGACGUGGUACAUUUGCGUAGGACAAAUUCUAUGCUGUCGGUUUUAAUAUUAAAACGAGUUGACCUAUUACCAAACUUAAAGGUAAGAAUAUUAUCUGUGCUCCAACGUUGACGUUUUUCCGAUAUUGUAAUUUUUACGCGAUAUAUAAUCGUUUUUUAGUUUCGAUAUUAAUUCACAUACUCAUACCUCGCUUAAAAACUGAAAUAUCGAAAAAACACGAACGCUAGGGCGCAGAUAAUUAUUUCACUUUUGAGUUUCGUAUUAUAUCGGUUCGCUUUAAUAUUAAAACUAACGGUACAAAAUUUGUCCUACUAAACGCAAAUUCGCAAUGUCGCAAGACGGAAACAAUAAACAUGGGCGUGGUAUCCAAUUAAAUAUUUAAUUUACAUAUUAUAGGUACAGAAUGAAAAAAAAAGUUCAAAUUGCUUAAUUUCUCCACCGUAUGAUUAAUUAAAACUUAAAUAAUUUUUUUUAUUCUUAUAGUUUUUAAUUUUUUUGUACAUAAAUGAUAAAAAAUACACCGUUGGUUAGUGGUUACCACUGGUGUAUAGAAUCAUACUGAGUUAAAAAAAAAUAAUAACUAUAAUUUCUAAUAGGCGCCUGUUAACAAAAUUAGUUAUUAGGUUACGAAAAUCUUAUUGAUACGUACUGUAGAUAUUGAUUAUUUUCGUAAAACGUGUGUUUUAUUAAUGGAUGGUUAAAAACUGUAUUAUUUUUAAGAAAAUACUUCGUAGUAAAACAUAAAAUCGUUCGCAAUACUUCAUUAACCGUUUUUUUUUCAAAACAUAACGACCAUAUUAUGAUACGUUCAAUUUUCGGACAUGUAGAAUAUAAUUUUAUAGACCUACCGUCGUGUACGUAUACUUUUCAACUUCUUAACAAUUUGUUUCGAGCGAAUUAUUACAAUAAGCGUUUUUAAAAAGCUCCGUUAACGUACAGACGCAUAGCCGGGAGGAGGAAGGGUCCGUGGGAUCUAGACCCCGUCCCCUUUCCCGAAAUUUAAGCUUCUCGCCAAAAGAAUCGGAUGGUACUUUGGUUUUCUACCCAUUAUGUUUUAAUUUUGUUUCUUCCCCUCUCCCCCACCCCAGACACUUAUUGGUAGUCAGUGAUAAAUUUUAUGUUUGGAUAUCUUCCCUCCCCAAAAAAAAUAAAAUCUGUCUACGUAUUUGGUAACGUAUGAGGAGACGGCGUUGAAAUGUGAUCAAUUCGAAAUUUAGCGUGCGAAACACGACUGACAAAAUAAAUUUCACCUUUCCUUUAAAUAUAAAUAUUAUUUUGUCCGGUUACACGCUACCUACAACGUGCGACGAACGCGACUGUGAUGUUUCGAUUAAAUCGAAUUGUUAAAAAGUCACAAAGUCUCGGUAAAUGCGCCGUGAUAUUUUCCGUGUAUUUACACGUUCGGGUAUCCAGAAGGUACAAAAUAUCGGAAAGUUAAAAUUUAAAUACAACGUUUACAACAUACGUAUUUAAAUGAGGGGGCGAGGACUGGACUGAUAUACGAAUCGAAAAUAUCGUACCUACUCAAUUUCUGAGCGUUUUUUACAAAAAUAUCGCCUAACGAGGAAACAAAAAUACCAAAUUGAUAUACUACUAUACCUAUUGUUUAAAAUAUAUUUAAAAUUUUUUUUUAUUAAUGUAUACAGGGAUUAUUACAUGUAAAAAUGAAUUAAUUAGGUACCUUUACUAUUAAACUCUUGUGAUUCCUACAUACACGAAUUGUUUACACCAAAAACUCACGCGCUGUACAAAAUGAAUCCCAUCGCAUCUUUAUAAAUAUUUCGAAUUUGUAUAUGAAAAAAACAAAACUAUACGAAUACGGUUGUAGAAAGUAUAUUUAUUUACACAGGGUGUAACUGGACUAUUUGACAUUUUCACAUGUAACUACAAUGUAAAAAUGUCAAAUAGUCAUGUACAUCCUGUAUAAACUAUUAUAUUUUAUAAGCUAUUACAACCAAAACACUUCAAUUCGAUUCAUAAAUAAUAUUUUUUAAUGUUAUUGAUUGUAUAUAUUUAAUAAACUGAACAGUAUCGAUAUUUUAUGUAGCAUGGAAUCGCGAUCAUUGAUAUUGUAAUGUCACCUUCGUAUUAUUAACUAUACAUAUAUAUUAUGUUAUUUAUAAUAUUAUUAAUGGUUGUUUAAUAUUUCCUUUUUCUUAUUAUUUUCUAGUUUUGAAAUAUUAACUUUUCAGGAAAUUUAUUGUAAAUAUUAAAUCCCUGUCCCUUCAAAAACGAAGAAUUUUUUUUUUUUUUUUUGAACAAAAAGAAAAAAUAGUUUUAUUCGAUGCCUAUAUUCUGUGUAUAGUUUCAUUAAUUCUAUACGCGAUUUUUUUUUAAAAUAAUCUAUAUUAAGAUCUAAUAAUUUUACGAUCGAAAAUCUGUUAAAUUCCGACGACAUUAUAAAGUCAUCUUACUUACAAAUAGAAUAUUUACAUACCUAUAUAGUAACAAUAUUAUACACUUCACAAUAUAAUAUUCGAAUAUUAAAUUGGAUUUAUUCGCCUUUAGAAAAAAAAAGAAAAAAAAAAUUAAAAUAAAAUUAUAUAAUGUCUAAUUUUGAUACAUGUACGAUACAGGUUGCGGAGAAUUGUACGCGCGAAGUCAUAGAAUCGUUGGCGGACACGGAUCGAACUUUGGUACACACCCGUGGCAGGUAAAAUAUAACACUAUAUAAUAUACAAUACUAUAUCGAGUACGAAUAAUUAUUAUUUUUCGCUCGAUGUCGUAAGCUUUUUUUAUAACGCCUGCGCAACAUUAAAAAAAGUAAUAUAAUAUCCUUUUCAAAAAACAAAAAAAAAUAAUAAUAAAGGCCGCCAUCAUCAAGUCGGGAUUUCUGUCGAAAAAAUUAUCGUGCGGCGGCGCUCUAUUGAACAACCGAUGGGUAGUGACAGCAGCGCAUUGCGUAGCCACGUGAGUACAAUGUUCCUAAAUAAUAGAAUAUAUAAAUUGUUUGAUUAUUAUUAAUCGAAAUCGAUUGGCCAAAGAGAUCAGUGAAUAAAUAUUCAGGAAAGUGGGAAACUGAAUAUAGAGUUCAUUGAGAUCGAUGUGUGUGCAUGUUAAUACCUAAUAUUGUCAAUUUUCGGAGUACUUAAUACGAGUACAUUAAGAGGACGUUAUACCCACAUCUACUAUCUCAGUCCCAACUACCAGAUAACAUGCAAAAACAAUGCUUACGCAGAAUACGUAAAACUAGCUUAAUUUUUAUUUUAGAGUAAAAGUACACCUAUAAAAAAACGUAUAGAGACAUUAUUUUAGAGGGAAUAUCAUAGGUGUUUUUUUGAAUUAUGAACUAUUAAAAAAAAAAAAGUUUUUGUGUCUGUUAUAUCGAACCGUAUAUUUUGAAUACCACAAAAACCAUAUGACAUUACCUCCGAAAAAUGAUGUUCUCCAUUAAUUUUGAAGCAGGUACUUUUAUACUCUAAAAUCAAAAUUAAGCUAACUAGUUUUACAUAUUCUGCGUAAGCAUUGUUUUUGCAUGUUACCUGAUAGUUGGACAGAGGUAAUAGAUGCGGGUAUAACGUCCCCUUAAAUGCAUAAAAUAAGUACCUCAACAACACUGAGUUUUUAUCAAUUUACGUAAAAUAAACGGUUUUUGAAAAUAUUAUAACAUAGAACAACGAUCUCGUUGAUAGGUCUUCAAUUAUAGAUGUUGCCGAGCAAAUACCACUAUACAUAAACGGUGUAUAAUUUAUGUUGUUUCAACCAGUGGUGAUCAUGUUGGGAGGGGAAGGGUGAUAACCCAAAAACAAUUUCAAUUCAGUGUUAAAUAAUGUGUCUGGGCCCGAUGUGUAUGGAGACCAUAUUAUAGAGUUUUGCACAAGUACCAACCAAACAAAUAAGGAGCAUUAGAGAGAUUUUAUUGCUUUUGAAUUUUUGAGAUCAGAGGAAGUUCCAUUUAUAAACUUUAACAUUGAAGACGUUUUAUUUAGAAUAUGACCAUAAUAACUAUUAAAUGAUAAAGAGUCAAAAUAAAUAGAUACCUAAAUCUUUAUUGUGAAAAACUCUCGUCAAUUCAAAACCAUUUAAAUUAUAAUCGCAGUUGCAAGUGGUAUCUGCGGGAUUUAACCAUUCCCGUUAUAUUAUGCAAUUACAUAUUGUUCAGCUAUUAUUACUGUCAAACGCUUCAGGUACGCUCUGUAUAGAUGCCAAAGUAAACCACAGACAUAUAAAUCGGUCGACGUGAUCAGGCACGUAACCAGGAUUUCAUUUUUUUUUUUUGGGAGGGUAGGUGUUUUCAAAAUUUACAAAUUAUCAAAACAGCAUACCAAGUUUAAAAAAAUUUACGUCGAUGAACAACUUUCGGAGGGGUCCCGGAUUUACUCCCCAAUGGCUACGUGAUUGGAUGCAAUCGUUAUUUUAGGUACUAUUAUUUGCACAUAUAUUACGGGUAAUGUAGUAUGUCGCGACUCAAAUAGCAAUAUAUAAUUUAUGUAGUUUCAACCAGUGGUGAUCAUGUUGGGAGGGGAAGGGUAAUAACCCAAAAACAAUUUCAAUUCAGUGUUAAAUAAUGUGUGCCAGUCGUUAAAGAAAAAUAAAGCUCGUGGGGGGGGGGGUAUAACACCCAUAUUUCCGUCCGUAAUUACGUCUCUAGUUUCACCAGCUAGUUAAAUUUACCGUACAUUUUAUGUAGCUUCAACUAUAAUAAUAAAGUUAGAAUAAAUACACAUUUACUGCAACUUCAAGUCUUCGACUACAUUAUUUAGUAGAGGUUAUUGUUAUUUUGUUAUUUUUUUAUAUAGUUGAAACGAUAAUAUAAAAUGUCAACUAAUAAGUUAUUGUAACUAUUAUAAUGGUUGUUUUAAUACAUAAUUAUGAUUUACAAUAAUUUAUUUGUAGCUAUAAACGAAGUUGAUUUAACUAGUUUUUUGCGUACGGGCAAUGUGGUCCUGUCCGGGCAAAGUGAACCGUACAAUUUAUUUUGACGUGAAAUGCGUGUGAAUAUAUAAUACGUUUAACAGAUUAUUAUUUAUAGGUACGGAUUUUUUUUUUUUUUGUAUGUGAAUUAUUAAAUUAUUUAAAAGGACAACGUAUUAAAAUUAUUAUUUGUCAACAAUAAUUUAAUUAUAAAAACGCUCUUAAAUUGUUUCCACUUAUUUUAUUCGAAUUAUCAAAAAAAAAUUAAAUUUCUAUAUAAUAGCAAAAAAAAAGUACCCGUUCGAUUGACAUAACAUAUAAGCCAACAAAUUUUACGAUAUUGCGUCAUGAUGAAAAGUAUGUAACCGUACUCAACUGGAAAAUUCACCAUCUUUCGUGCAGAUGCGUGUUGAUCGACAAUUUAUUACAUUUUCCAGUUAAAUAUAGAAAACUAAUAAUAUAAGUAUUAUAAGUUAAUAUAUUAAUCUAAAGUAUGCAUACAGCACGUGCAAUAUAAAAAAACUAGCGUGAUUAAUAAUUAAUUAAUCUUUUUUAAACAACAUAUAAUUAUAAUUAAAGACCGGAUUUAUACGUUUUUAAAACCCACAGGAAAGCACUUGAAAUCGUCAAAAAGUCUUGAAAAAAAAUUACUUAAAAAAUAUAUAAAAAAGGAAAAAUAAUAGGUUUAAUAGUCCCCCCCCCCCUCUAACAGAUUUAAUUAAUAAAUACAAUUUUCGAAUACCACAUAAAUGAUAAAUAAAAAGUAAUUUUUUUUUUAUAAUACAUACGAUUUUAUUUAAAAGAAAUUAUUUUGUAUGAAUCAAUUUUGUAGUGUUAGAAAAUUUAAUGGGUUAGAGACAAAAGUGGGGGAGAUUUUUAGGUUCUUUUAUCAUUUUUGAUUUUUUUAAUGUUUGUCAAUGUUUUUUUCGGAGAUCUGUUGAUGUUUUAAAAUACCUUUUUAUCGACUAUAAGAGAAUAUAAAACCGGUCUUUAAUUAUAAUGAUUCACACAUUUCACGUUGAAAUACAUUUUCGGUUUACAUUGCCCGUGACACAUAAAUACGGGUGAUUUUCUUUCUAGACUUAUUCCGGUCGAUAAAAUUGUCAAAACUAUAUAUUUUUAUGGCGGAGAGCGCAUCACGUCAUCAUUCUAUGUACGUAUUAUAGGUGGCUCUGUGUUCAGACGACAUAAAUUCUCAUGGGGGUUUUAACGAGGUUAUCGACAUGACGUACUGUAUAAUAUAGCAUCAACGAGACGACCACGACUCGGCCGUUCGACAACGGUUAUUAUUACGUGUGUUUAGAUUUUUAACAAUACGCGUGUAAAACAAUACAAUAGAAAAAGCAAUAUGAGUAGAAUACAAUCCGUAAAACGUGUAAAAAGAGAACCCUGCACUAUAAUAAUAAUAAACGAAAUUAUUUCUUAGAAAAAGUGUAUGGGAUAUAAGUGAUUUUAGAGUGUUGACGGUAUAUUAACAAGAGUAGAUAUAAACGUAGAAGCUCAGAAAACGAGAUGAUAAUAAUAUUACAUCGAGCUGUUUCAGGUUUUCUAUACAUGAUCUUCGGAAUUGUAUGUUACAAGUUUUGAGAAUAGGAGUACAAUAGUAAUACCUACGCUAUCGUUAUACUCCUACUCCCAGACAUAUAAUUCGGAUAAGAUCUCGUACUUACGUCGACUCGUCGAUGUUAUUGUAUACCUUUUUGUAAAAACAAACUGCGUCAAUUACAGUGUCGUUUACCGAAUCGCAUUUAGUCUCGAUACAGUCGGUAACAAAAACCAAAAAAAAUCAAUACAUUUUAGAAAUGUCGACGAUGUGCAACUGUCUGUAAUGAAUUCGUUAACGCGGCACAGUAAGAUCCCCCCGCAUGCAGUAUCCAGUUACAAACCGAUCUAAACCACAAACUUAUCAUAAGCCUUCCCCCACUAAUGCCCAACUGCUAUUAAAAGGAACUAACCGAAUUUCCGAAUUAAAAAUUUAAUGUAAAUAUUCAUGUUUGCCUACACACCGCGAGUAAACCAAUCAAAUAAGCAGGUGUUCUAUUUAUUAAAUUAUUUUAAAACCCUACACCCGAGAACCAUCGGUUAUCUCGGUGUUUGAUAUAGAAAUAUUACGUAUUUUAUACAGUACGUAAUAUUUUACCCAAACAUUUUUUAUUUAUUCCGUAUUCGUUUUCAGCACGUCAAAUAAUAAUUUAAAAGUGCGUCUCGGUGAAUGGGACGUCCGAGAUCAAUCGGAAAAAUAUGCGCACGAAGAAUUCAACGUGGAACGCAAAGAAGUAAGCAAUCAUCAUAUAAUUAUUGUCCGAUUAAUAUUACGAUAAUUUUGCAUAGUUCGGGGAAAUGUCUUCAAAAUAGAUGUACCUAUAAAAUGAUACCGAGAAUCUAUCUAGAUUAUAAAAAUAUAACAUUUCCCUACUGACUGAUUCGUCGUCCCUAUAAAGUCGCAACUAGACCUGCACCAACCUUGGAGAUGCUAAAAUUAUAGAUACAUCACAGACCCGUAGAGACAAUACCCCACAUGAUAAUUAUAAUAAGUAACUACACAUUUUAUUUACAAUUUUUUGUAUAAAAUCGUAUUAUAAGUUGUUUAAUUUUAUUUUUUAUACACACAUGCAUUGUAUGUAUAGGUAUAAUUUGUGUUUUGUUCUACUUAUUAAUUAUGAAAUACAAGAAUAAAAUAUUUAAAUUCUAUACUAUAAAACAACUUAUACAGUAUUUUUAAGGGUGCUAAAGAACCUCUAACAUUCCCCGAGUUGCGCCUAUGGUCGUCCCACGACUGGGUCUAUAGAAAUUCAAAAUGUUGCACACAAUAUGUUCUUUAUAUUAUUUAGGCAAGCGCUAUACAAAGAAACUUUUUGAAAUUUGACACCACAAAGGGUCACUUCAAACUUUUAUUGUCCUUAAAAUACGAAAAUUGCAUAUUUUAGAUACCGAGCGUAACGAGGAAGCUAUUGGUUUUACUAAGAUAUUUUUUUUUUUCUUUGUUCUUUGUUCUAGUCUGUGGACAUAUUUCUUCGUAGUAUAUUUGUUCCGAUUUUCACGUGUAGUAACUUUACUGAAAACUCAAAUUGUCUAGAUGGUACUUUAGAAAGGUCAUUUUUUGAUUUUUUUUUUUUUUAAAAAUAUGAGGCUUCUACAUUUAUUUUCACUAAAUUACACAAAAAAAAAAAAAAAAUCAAAAAUCAGAACUUGUGAAAUAUUCCCGUUUUAGAUGAUUCUUUCCCAAAUAUCAAAAAAAUACUACGAAUUAAAUCAAAAGAUAGCGUCUACAAUUUAUAAAAUAGACAACAUUUCCUAUAGAAAAACCUCCCUUGAAGUUUCUGAUUGGAACAUUAUUUCUGAUUGAAAAGUUGUUCACUAAUUAAAAAAGAAACAUAUCAUACUUGUGUUUAAUUAGGUUAGGUUAAAACCCAACAUAUUACUAUUCUAUAUUUAUAAAGUAACUGAGUGUUUUUCGUUAUUUGGGAUUAACAUAAAAUUUACUAGACCGAUUUUCAAAAUUAUUUUCUCUGUUUUUUUCUUAAAUGAUUGUGAUGAUUUUAGGCUUGAUACUUUUCUUUUUUUACCAUUCUAUUUUUAGAUUCCGAGUGUUGCGAAAGAGCUAUUGGUUCUAAAAUGUAGUUUAUUUCUUCUUUGUUCUAAUCUUUGGACAUGUUUUUUCCUAGAAAAACUUGCUCCGAUUUUUACGUUUAGCAACUUUUUUAAAAGCUCAAGUUGUCUAGAUUAUACGUUAAUUUUAUAAUAAAAACUCUUAAAUGAGAAAAAACGUAGGAAAACUUACAAUUUCACGAUUUCAUUAUUUUUUAAAAAAAAAGGACGAUGUUUUUUACAAAAAAAAAAUGAUUUAAUCAAAAAUCACAAAACACUUUUGUUGCCUUUUUGAUUCACUUUCUUACAUUAUUAUUGCCGAAACUUUUGAGCCACUUUUAAGAUUUAAAAGAAUUUUAAUUAUUGGGAGCUUUUUUGCUAUAAUUUGGUUAUAAAUACACGUAGAGAUUAGAAACUUAGUAAUAAUACUUAUAUUGGACUUACCUAAACGUGGUAAAAUUUCUAAAAUAAUUGGACUAAUUUUUUUUUUUAAUAAGCGUUUUGAAAUCAAAUUUAAACGAAAAUUGCAAAAAAAUAUUAUGGUACUUCAAAUUGUGUAUUACCGGACUGUAUUUCGAAUCAUCUUUCGUCAAACAAUUGUUUAUCGUUGCUUACAGAUAUAAAUUAAAUAACCUUAUGUAUCCUACCUUCUCAACUUCUCACCUACAACAGUGGCCGCUCCUAUUUCCAGUAUCAGUUUUUUUUUUUUACAAAAAAUGUAUUCCUUUAUUACCUACGGAUAUAACCAGCUGUUAUUAUUUUGUUUAAUUGCCAUAGUUCAGUGUUGAUAAUAAGAUAUUGACGAAAAAAAAUAUGUAAGUUAUGAGGUGCAAUACAUAUUAUUAUUUUUUUUUUUUUUUUUGAUAUUAUUUUUGAUACUACUAACAAAAAUAAUGAAUACCAAUUAUAAUAUAUUAUAUAAUUUAUUCGAACAAGUAUACUAUUUGUUUUAUUAUGGUAUUUCCAAAACACCUUAAAACAAAAAUAAUAGUAUAUUUUUGGUAAAUCGUUAAAGAUAAAUAAUACUGAAAUCUUUAAAACAGUAUUUCUUGAAUACAAUAUUUAUACUUGUAGUAUAUACGCUAGUAUCAAAAGAUUAAAAAAAUAUAUCUAUAACGUCAGGUAAUUUCUUUUCGAAAAUGUCUGAAAAAGUAUUGAUAGGUACUUACUCGUAUUUCGUAAGUGGUCAACCUUUUUAUUUAGAACUGGUUGGGGAGCUAGAAUGUUACAGCAACCCAUGGCGUUUAAUCUAUUUGCAUCAAUCGGAAUGAAAUCGUCUAAAUCGUUUAACUUAAAAUUAAUAUUAAUUUUUGAUAAGGAAAUCAUAAUUCUCUGAUAAUAUAAUACUUAAAUAAGUUUUCUUUUUGCUCUCUUUCACCUUCAUUUCAAUUAUUUGGGCUCGGCCGCCUUCGUCCUAAACUUUCACUUGACCCGAUCCACCAGUCCCACUUCUCCUACGCCGGCUAUAUUAUCAUUAUAUCAGUCAUACCAUUCUCAAUCCCAUCCAAUCAUUUCUAUUAUACGAUCUCCCUUAGUAGAUCUAUUAAUAAAUAAAUAGAUUGUAAAUAAUUUGUUUACAACAAUUUAUUAUAAUAUCAUCAUCAUUGAUUGUAUGUUUUGCAUUAUUUAAUAUAUCAACACUUUCUAGACUUGCUAUUAUUAUCAAAAUAUUCCAACACUUUUUGAAAUUAUCGAGUUUCAAGAUUUUUCUUUUUCUUUUUAUGUGGACAAUAAAUUUCGCAAUUCAUUUUUAUCAACAUUUCACGUUAAAAUUCGUUAAAAACACAAAUAAUGGUAACUACCAGUAGUUCUUUUCGUACAAAUAUAAAAUACAUAUAGUAAUUUAAAUUUAAAUUUGUCAAAACAAGUUGCACCGAUCUCGCUUCGGUCGUUUUCGUUUCCACUGACUUUUCAUUGCGUACAGAGAUAAACAUUAAAUUAUCGUGUAUGUCUUACAUUCCUGACUUACAACGGUGGCCCGCCCACGGCACGAAAUAUGCCAGCCUGUUUAAAUGUUUUUAAUAUUAUUAUAAUUUUCCUAGAUUGACGGUGAAAUUUGACCCACAAUUAUCUAUAGCAUCCCAUGCCCAUAUUUUGCAGUGCCUGUCUAUUAUAUAUAUUUUAACAAAUUACUGACAAAUUCAUCACGUUUUAAUAAAUUGCUAAUCACAUAUAGGUACAUCCGCAAUACAGUCCUACAGAUUUCCGUAACGACGUCGCUUUGGUUAAAAUCGACCACGACGUGGCAUACAAACAGCACAUUAUUCCCGUGUGUUUGCCGAGCGCAACGGCCAAAUUAAUUGGCAAAACCGCGACUGUAGCCGGUUGGGGCCGUACCCGACACGGUUAGUAUUUAUUUUUUUCCCCCGUCUUUUAAUUCUACACGCAUGUUAUAAUAAUUAUGUAUACUCGCCGUUGAAUAAUCACACAGGAGUCGCAACAGUUCCUACAGUUUUACAAGAAGUCCAAGUCGAAGUCAUACCAAACGAGAGAUGCCAAAGAUGGUUCCGGGCGGCUGGUCGUCGCGAAACUAUUCACGACGUGUUCCUAUGCGCCGGCUAUAAAGAAGGCGGUCGAGACAGUUGUCAGGUUUGUGAAAUUAUUUACACACACAUCUAAGCGUUAUUCGACAAAGCGAUUUUCAAUUUCAUAACACUCGCUAUCAAUCUAAAACAAUACGUUUUGAUGGUCGUGUAGCUAAUAAAUAACCUAUGAUGGCCUAUACUAUAGCCUAUGACAAAUAAAUAUACCUAUACCUAAUGGUAUCUAUGCGAGAUACUCCUAAAAUCGAGGUACGAAUUUGAAUAGCAUACCCAAAUCGAGUCUUCUACUCGUAUAUACAGCGAUUCUCUACUGUCUCUUGUCAAUUCACUACGCACCUAUACAUUUCUCCACAAAUAAAAUAUUUUCUAAUCGUUUGAGUCUUCGAUAAGUUCGUGAAAAAACAUGAGAAAAACGUAGAAAAAACAGGAAAAUUGGUACAUUAAACAAAUAUUAUUAAAAAAAAUAUAUAAUGCUUACUUAAUUAUUUUACCAUAAUAUGACAAAGCAUCACCAUCAACUGAACUCCUCUCUGAAUCGGUUUUUUCGUUAGCGAUGGUUAUCGUUGCUACAGGUAUACAUGAAAUUACCUAUCAGCCACUGCACCGGAUCCCGUCUCCAUUAUCCUAGGAUAUCUUUUUUUUGCUUAUCACUAAAAUUCAAUCGAAUCUCUACCUAUGAUGCUUAUGUAUAAAAUCUUCUUAGAUCGUUUCGAAAUUCAUGCUCUGUGCUUUAAAAUUCACCCAAUUUUUACCUUUUUUUUAUUGAUUUCACAUACAUACAUAUUAACCACGUAGAUUUUUAUUUUGUUUGUCAAAAACUACAAAAAUAGCUGCAGUUUCCAGUUGAUCUUCCCACUCUAAUGAACUACUUGAAAUCACUAUUUUCAUUUUAAAUUGUAUUUUAUAAAUAAAUCGCGCAUGUUCGUACAUAAAUCAACUACUAGCUUCUGGGUAAUUGUGAUGUGAUAAAGCAUGACAACAUAAUAAUGUGACUAUUGUUUAUUUCUGGGCGUGAUAUCACAGUUCAAGUGUAUAAACGUGAUAGCACGUGGGCUCACGUGACGUGGCAUAUUUAUUAUAGCCUGUUUCCGCCUUUGAGUUGCAUAAAUAUUUGCUUAAAACAAACCGUAAAACCGUACACAUAAUAUAUUAGUACUUGCGUGUUAUUUCGUACCUAUAAUACCUAUCUGCCUAAACCCAUAAAAGUACACAUAAUUAAAAUAAAUGAAAUAAAAUAAAUUUAGACGGAUUGUGUUAGAUUGAUUAAGUGUUAUAUUGUGUAUUCAACUGCAGCUGCAUUUCAUAAAUAAUUAACGUUUCGCGACAGACGUCAUUCAUUUGGACGAAUGACCCAACAUUUAUCUAAUUAAAGCAUACAUCGUUUGGGCGAAAAAUUAUUAUUUUGCGUUUACAAAAUGAGUAUAUACCAUGCAAACGUGUUGCACGGGAAGUGAAUUGCACAAAACGUCAAGUAAUAUUAUAAUAUUAUAAACUAUCUUUUGAAAUCUUAGGAAAACCAUCAAAUAAUAAAAUUAACUAGUUCCAUCACUCGUGGUGAAUUUUUCCCAAACUCUUCUUGUUACGGUUAAAAUAUUAAAUUAUUUUAUUUUUACAUAAUCAAUCUAAAAUAUAACUAUGGUUGCCAUAAUUUUAUUAAAUUUUAGCCUUACAAUCUUAUAAUAUAUAAGAAAAACACCAACCUAUAUUUGAUACAAGAAGAGACGCAACUUUAUUUUAAUGAAAAGAACCGACGAGCUGCCUAACAGUAUCCGUAGGUUGUCAAGGAUAAUACUGUUCGAUACAAUAGUACAUAGCAUAUUUUAUAAUUUUUUUAACAGCGAUAAUAAUAAUUAUAAAUAAAUCAUGGAUAGGUACCUACGCAAAAGAAAAAAGAAAAGAUUUUAUAAUAUAAUAUUGUAAAUAUUAUUUUCAAGAAACAUUUUUAACCAUUCAAAUUUGCGUUAAAGCUCGCCUUGAGACUUUUGAGUCCUGUAAUUCAGGAAAGGAAAAUUAAAUUAGACGUGUAAUGGCAUGAUAUGUAUAUUCUUCUUGGUCUCCGGCAUUUAUAGAACUCUUUCAGAGCUUUUACCGCGACAUUACAUGUCCAAAACGAUAUAUUUUGUUAUAGGCUCCUAACCUAACCGACGUGUUAAACAUAUAUUCCGUGGAUUCCUGAACCAAUUUGCUAAUCCAGCGGAUUGCUCAGCAGGUUUAUAGAGUUGUAGAGGAACACUAUUUUUGUUAUCCAAUUGAAACAUAUUGGUUAAUACCGUUAUUUAAAGUUACCCAUAGGCCAUCAUCACCAAUAUUUUAUUCUUAUCAUUAUUUUCAUCGAGAUUUCGAAAUCUAUAAGUAUAAAACAUUUGAUUAAAAGUAACAGUAAAUAUAUAUUAUAGGUAAACAUACUAAGAUUAAAUGCUACGAAAAUCGAGUAAGCAUCUAAAUGUUUUAUAAAAGUAUUUCCAGAAUACAAAAACCGUAUUUCCAUUAUAUUAUACAUGUCGAGUGUUGGAAUUGGAAUUUGGAAACACUUUAGCGCAUAACAAAUGUUAACAAAAUAUACAUUUUUUUUUUUUUUCUAUCAAAUAUAAGUUAGUGAACUAGUUUUAAUUUUGGCGCGUAAAGUGUUUAUAACGUCCAUAAAACACUAUUCCAUUCACAACGUAUCAGAUUGCUGAUAAAACAAUCCGAUUGAUCACUUCCCCUCCAACGGAUUGGUCAGCAGCUCAGUUCAGAAACAGUUAAAUCUAGCAGCUGACCAAUCUGCUGAAUUUAGACACGCGGGAUAUUAGAUGUCCGUGUAUAAAUUCUGCCCAAAUAUGGUUAUUGAUAAAUUCGCUGGAACGAUAUUUGAUUUUGUGCUAUUCGUCCGCAUGAAAACCGCUCGAAACUAUAAUACAAUAACAUCGUAUAAUAAUAGGUAUACCGCGGCACACACGCAACGCCGGUGGUACGUUCGCUGACAUUGACGCUGAUAAUAUUAUUUUAAAUACGUAUACAGGGUGACUCGGGCGGACCAUUGACUACGAUUUUGGACGGACGGAAAACGCUGAUCGGAUUGGUGUCGUGGGGAAUCGGAUGCGGCCGCGAACACUUGCCCGGCGUGUACACGAACGUGCAGCGUUUCGUGCCGUGGAUCGACAAAGUAAUGACGUGAAAACGGUGAAAUGUUUUCCCGCCGUUUCCAGCCACCUCCUUCCCCCUUUCCCAUCAACAAACUAUAAUAAUUUAAGAUUUUAAACGUAACGUCGUGUAAUAAAUUAUUCGUACAUAUAUAUAUAUAUACAUAUUUAUUCGCAUAUACAGCAUAAUAUAUGUAUUAUGUGUAUUACUUCUCGUUUCGAUACGAUAAAUUAUUAUUAUUAAUUUUUUUUUUUUUUAGCAUUGAUUUUAUUUAUUAUAUAAAUUAUAAUGUAUUUCGCGUAUUAUUUGUGUAUGACUAUAUACGCAUGCGUACUGUUAGGUAUUAACGAACAAACAAAAAACAUUUAUAGAUACGUAUGUGUUUUUUUUUUUUUCUAUCGUCAUUUUUAUGUAUAAAUAAUAUUAUUAAAUACUUUAUAUCGAAACGUGCUAUCAUCAUGGUUUAUAUUUUUUAUUAUUUUUUUUUUUUUAAUAAUAUUUAACAUUAAUUUUUUUUUUUUACAUCAUGAUGUAAAAUAAACGUGUAUAUACCGACACUAUAUAUAUAUAUAUAUAUAUAUAUAUAUAUUUAUAUGUUUAUAUAUUAUUUUGUAUUAUUAUGCCGCGAACAAUAUUAACAUUAUAAUAUUAAUCAAAACCGUACAUAAUUAUUAUUGUAAAACAAAUUAUAAUAUAAAUUAUGUCAAUGUGUCGUGUGCAAAUUUACAAUGGCACUGCGAUACUUGUACAAAAUUGCAUAUUAUAAUAUUAUAGUCGGCGAUAAUCGUUGAAUACAUUGUACAUCGUAAUUAUAUCACACGGAAUUAGAAUAAAUACGCGUGCGUUUGUAAAUAUAUUGCAUACAUAUUUUAUAAUACAAUAAAAACAAUAUUGUCUUCGUCGUUAAAUAUCCGUUGUACGUAAUUGUACAUAAUGUAAACAUUGUAUUGAAAUGUGAUUUGAUGUGCGAGAAAACCGCGAGAGUCGCUUAAUGAUAAUAAUCAAACUCGGUCCGUUAGCCGGUAACCGUACUGUAGUUGCGAGUUUUCAGAUAUACAUGAAUCUCAUUCCCGGGAAAUAUCUG